UGAGGGGGGAACCGGGGCCGGGCCGGGCCGGGCUGCGAGCAGCGAGCAGCGCGCUCGGGGCCGCGCGGUUGGGCCGGGAGCGCGGGGCCGAGCGCUGCAGCGGGGCCCGGCCCGUUCCCCCGCCCUCCCCGCGGGCACACAGGGCCGGGCUGCGCCGUCCGGUGCCGGGAUUCCCGCACUGAGCCGGCAGCGCUGCGUUCUCCUGCGUUCCGUGAGGAGUUGGAGCUCAGCCUGUCGUGCUCGGGCUGCCCCGUGUUCCGCCCGCCGUGGGUGUUCGUGCGGGUCCCGGAGCACCGGGCACGGUUACGGGGAUGCUCCGCACCGCGCGUGGUGUGGCUUUUUUCUCGAGGGAAGUGUUCCUGGUGCAGCUAUAUUUGUAUAAGUUACGUGUAUAAUGUAUCUAUAUAUGUUAUAAAUGAGGAACAAAUUUAGCAAAAUUUAGAUUGCUUUGUUUUAUAUAGGCAGAGCAAGCAGCGCUGGGGAGGCAGAGGGGUCACAGCCCAAACUUUGGUUUGCAGCUCCCUUUUAUAGCGUGGUUUCCUUGUGGUCAUCAAUAAUUGUCAUUUUUUUGUUGUUAUAAUUUUGCCAGGUAAGCAGUGGAUCACUGGAUGACAAUUUGUGAGGUCCCACAGAUCACCAUCUGCUCUUGGUAGAUUGGGAAUGGCAGGAGUCAGGCAGUCUGGUCUCAGUUGAUCACACAAAGCCAGGAAACCUGAUUUUGCAGGAUCUGCUGGGCUGUGUUGUUUUGAAAGCUGUCAGUAGAAACAACUUAUUUAGAAAACAUAAUAUUCAUAACAGGAGGAAUUAAAACAAAAUUAUUUAAUCAUAUAUUUUCCUUUCUUUAGUGCCACGCUUCAUUUCAGACCUAAGUAUUCUGCUUUAUACAAACCCCAGUACUUCUAUGAUUAACAUGAAUCUUUUAUCAAUUAUCACAUAUAAAUAUUUAUGUAUAUUUUUGGAGCUAUCCUGUGCAUCACCAGGAAUCUGAUGAUCCUAAUGAGUCCCAUACAACUCAGUAUAUUUUAAUAUAAAUAUAUCUAGUGUCUAUAUAAAUGUGUGCUGCUGGAACUGGAGCAGUCCAUGGUUCCCAGAGCUGCCCAUGAGCUCACUGGGGGAGGAGCUGCCAUCCUCUGCCAAUGAUUGAUCCCUGAUCUUUAAUAUUUAACUUGGCUACUCUGAAUUUAAUGAAGGGGGUGAGAUAAUCCCUUGGAGGGUGAGGAGCCAGCACUGGCAGAACCCUGUCCAGAACUUGUUGGGAUUACAGAGCUGUUAAUGUUUUAAUUAAAGAUUUUCAUUUCAGGCAGAAAUGAAGUAUCCAGUGUGAAAUUGAAAUGAGCAGCAUUUUCAGAAAGAGUAUUUAUCUUCUUUUCUUCUGGCUGUGAAAAAGUGUCAGGAAAUGGGCAAAGGAUGGAGCUCAAACCAGCAGUAACCACAGCAACGGGGGCUGAGGCACCAUGGAGCAGUACACAGCCAACAGCAGCAGCUCCACAGAGCAGAUUGUGGUGCAGGCAGGGCAGAUCCAGCAGCAGCAGCAGGGAGGUGUCACAGCUGUCCAGCUGCAGACUGAGGCUCAGGUGGCAUCGGCCUCAGGCCAGCAAGUCCAGACCCUCCAGGUAGUGCAGGGGCAGCCUCUGAUGGUGCAGGUGAGCGGGGGGCAGCUCAUCACCUCCACGGGCCAGCCCAUCAUGGUGCAGGCUGUGCCUGGGGGCCAGGGCCAGACCAUCAUGCAGGUGCCUGUGUCUGGCACACAGGGGCUGCAGCAGAUUCAGUUGGUCCAGCCAGGUCAGAUUCAGAUUCAAGGUGGGCAGGCUGUGCAGGUACAGGGGCAGCAGGGCCAGACCCAGCAGAUCAUUAUACAGCAGCCCCAGACUGCAGUUACUGCUGGCCAGACACAGACCCAGCAGCAGAUUGCAGUUCAAGGCCAGCAGGUUGCCCAGGCUGCUGAGGGCCAGACCAUCGUGUACCAGCCUGUGAAUGCUGAUGGCACCAUCCUGCAGCAAGUUACAGUCCCUGUUACAGGCAUGAUCACCAUUCCUGCAGCCAGCCUGGCUGGAGCCCAGAUUGUCCAAACAGGAGCCAACACCAACACCACCAGCAGUGGCCAGGGCACGGUGACAGUGACACUGCCAGUGGCUGGGAACGUGGUCAAUUCAGGGGGAAUGGUCAUGAUGGUGCCUGGAGCUGGCUCAGUCCCAGCCAUCCAGAGGAUCCCUCUGCCUGGAGCAGAGAUGCUGGAGGAGGAGCCCCUCUAUGUCAAUGCCAAGCAGUACCACCGCAUCCUGAAGAGGAGGCAGGCACGGGCCAAGCUGGAAGCAGAGGGAAAGAUCCCCAAGGAGAGAAGGAAAUACCUGCACGAGUCCCGGCACCGGCACGCCAUGGCGCGCAAACGGGGAGAGGGCGGGCGCUUCUUCUCCCCCAAGGAAAAGGACAGCCCCCACAUGCAGGAUCCAAGCCAAACCAACGAGGAAGCAAUGACACAGAUGAUCAGAGUCUCCUAACCCCUGAAGGGAAUUCCCAUCCCUGCUGCCAGCCUGUCCUGCCUGCCCAGAGUGUCCAGUGAAUCCUGGAGUGGGAUUUUUCCUUUUCCACAGAGCCAGCACCACGAGGUGCCAGCAGAACCUUCCAGACUUCUUGGUGCCCUGUCCUGCUCCAGCACAGGGAGUUCAGAGUCUGAGCACUCAUCCCUUUGCUUUCCCUCCCUUUUCCCAGCUCAGCCCCAGUGGCUGGUGCAGCUCAGCCCUGUGCAGGGACAGAUUCCAGCUCCACAGGCUGUGUUUGCCCAGCAGAGAUUUGUUAUUCCAUCCACUCCUCACCCCCUUUGGACUUGGUUUUCCCUGAGCUGGGCUCUGCUCUUGCACUUCAGACCCUGGCAGAGACUGAGGGGGGAUUCUUUCCAAUUCCACCUUGUAAAUGUGUAAAGAAAACUCUUCUCUGGGAAAGGUUCAGCCAUCCAAUCAAUGCUAGAAAUAGUCAAGAUUACUGCAGGACUUGAUGUGUUGUGUCUCUGUUGCAAGUGGGGUGGGAGAGGGAUUUGUGGGGGGAUUGGCUCUGGGUGGUUUUGGAUGUUCAUUGCCAGUAUUUGUUGCUUUGGAAGAAAACUGGAUGCAAGUAUAAAAAAGGAUUGAAAGUUUUAAGUGAGUCUCUUCCCAAAGGAUUUUUUUGUUGUUGUUGUUGUUGUUUUUGUUUUAAAAUCUUUCUCACCUGAACCCAUGGCUCCUCCAGGAGAUGUGGAACCCUCAGUGCCUGUGGUGGCACCUGGCUGGGAUGGAACUGCUGAUGCCUAAAUCAGUUCUGCAGUUCCAGAGUGAGGGAUGGAGGAUUCAGGACAGCUCAGCCUCAGGUACCUGAAGGACUCAGCAGAUGAAGGCAGAUAUUGAUGAACUUUUCAUGCUUUUUACAAAUUAAGCUCUUAAAAAAAAUAAAAUCAAAAGUGGCACUUAGUGAAGGAGCAAUAGUUAUAUUAUUAAAAAUUAGAAUUUUUCCAUGACCUACAGCUGGCUUUAGGCUGAGCAUCUCCACAGAACAGAGCUUUAAUUUGGAUUCUAAGCCUGCUCUUCUUUUAUAAUUUGAAUUUUGGUGAUGGGAGCAGUAGUUAAAAACAUUUAACAGGUGAUUUCUCCCCAUUUCCCUCCUGUCCCCUCCCACCUUGAUGAAUUACCCAGCUGCUCUGGGGAUCAUCUGCCUGCUAGAGUCCCAGAGUUUCCAAUUUUCCAAACUGGAUCACAGCAGUGAAGUUUGGAGUUGGGAAUGUUGCUGGGUGAAGCUGAAGAAUGAGGAAAUUCAGCCAAGGAUGAGUGAGACUGGGUUCAUUAAAUUCAGUGAAUGCUGAUUUCAAGUGACAAAAUGCAGCUUGAAAAUUUUAUUUCCUCCUUCCCAUGUUCUCCCAUUUACUGGAAAAAAAGACAAAGUGGGAGGAUACAAAAGAACAGAGCCUGGAAAAUUCUUAUUUCCUUUGGAUGAAAGAAAAAUAUUAAAGCUGAGAAUGUGGAGGAGAAAUGUUGGAUCCUUGUCCUGUGGGAGCAGCAGAAGAAUUUGGAAUUUGCAGCUGCAUCUCUAAAUGCAUCUCAGCUCCCUGCUGGGAAUUCUGUGUCCCCACAGCUGGGGAAAAGAAACUUCUCUUCAAUUUUUGUCCUAAGUUAGACCAGAUCUGACACUCUGCUUACACCUCUUAAUUAGGAUUUCUUUCUAAUCAUUUCAAGGGCAUUUUGAGCAUCUCUGGCUUCUGGUUGUUUCUGCCUUAAAUCCUUGCCCAGUUUUCCUCUCUUGGAUUUCCUCCUCCAGCAUUUCCUGGGAUCUCCCCCAUUUCAGGGACCUGCAGCUCCUUAAGGGAUUUUAGUUGGGUUUGCAGCAUUACUGUAAAUAUUUUUAUUUUUUUUUUUUUUUGGAGCAUCUGUACAUUUUGUUGGUGGAAUAUUUGUGUGCUGGAGUAAGAGCCUCUCCAUGAUGUUUUUUGCUCUUCAGUUGAGGGUAAAUCUGUCCUGAAACACCUUUUUGAGAGCUGGAAGUUUGGGAAGCAAGAUUAUUGCUCUGACAUAGAUUUAGUUUUUUUGUUUUUUUUUGUUUUUUUUUUUUUUAAUGAGUAAUUUUCUUAAAGAACUUUUUUUCCCAAUAUCCCUUCAUAUCUAGGUUCUCUGAUCUCUGUUGUAGGUUGUGUGUGAAGAAAUAUGGAUUUGUGUUCUAGAAAGUCUUAUUGUUAAUAUUUUAAAUAGUGAUGUGAAAGCCUGAGUCAUAUUUUAAUUUGUUUUGUGUUCUCUGUAUCACUGCUGAAAGUUUUGUUUAUUUGGUGAGGUUGGAGCCAGCAGUCAACACCAAAAAUAUCAAUUUCUAUUCCUGGGAAAUCUGUUAACAUUGGAGACAUGUCCAGUUCAAACCUCCCUAGUAAUUAAAUGAGAAUUCUUUGUAGAUUGGCUACACUUGAGCAAAAACUCCACUUUAGGAGUGAGUUAAAAAAUGGGUGAGGAUGAAAGAAGAGGCUUGGGCAGAAUUGUGUUUGAUUGACCCAGAGCAGUGAAGCAUCAAACCCAUCAAAACCCAGAUUUAAAGGAGUGUAAAGAACAGGAUUUGGGAAAAAAAAAUUGUCCUCAAGUGAUGCUAAAAUGGCUUUAAGGCCCUGCAUGUUAAAAAGAGGGGAAAAAAUAAACUUUUCUUUGUGAAGGGGAGUGGGAGGGUCCUGAGCUUAACAUAAUGUCAGGCAAAGUUUGUACAUAGUUCAGAGUUUUUAAUUUUUUUUAUAUGAUGCAUUUUUUCAAGUGUAUUUUGGUCUUUAAUAGAAGCAAUUGUAAGUACUGUGUACACUCUCCAGCUAAUAAAAUUUAUAAAGUGAGAA